GCCUGACCUUCAAGUGCCCGCAACCUCCGCCAGUGAACGAUACCCUAGGAGCGUUGCCCCCCUGAAGCGUUCAGAGUCCGAGUUGGAUGAGGACGUAAUUAUAUUCUGUAACAAAACAGCAAGCCAAUUUGAUUUCCCGGUAAAAAAAUUAGGCUUUUUACCAUGUGAAAUAUGAUUUUGAAUAUACUUCCAAUGGUGCUCCAGUUUCCUACUUUGUAUAUACAUCGAUCUGUGGUUACUCGGAAUUAGUGCUACUGUUGGUACUGUUUUCAUCUUAACGAUGCGGUGGUUAACUCGAAGAAAAACGGUACUUUGCAAUUGUUUGUCCCCUGUCGGCCAACAUGCAGUCAUCACUGGUGCUAGUUCCGGUAUUGGUCGCGCAACUGCAUUUGAAUUGGCCAAAAGGAAUUGGAAACUUACGUUAGGUUGCAGAAAUAUGAACGCUGCCAUUAAGGUUAAAGAAGAAAUUACAUCUCUUACUGGUAAUCAUAACAUUUCUCUUAGACUUUUGGACUUGGAGAAUCCACAAACGAUUAAGGAGUUUGUACAAUUUUUACCUUUACCUGUCCAUGUUUUGAUCAAUAACGCCGGUGCGUUUCCUAAGAUUCUUCGUCCUGCUAUAUAUUACCAAGAUAUCAAUGUUACUUUGGCUACUAAUUAUGUUGGACAUUUUUUCCUGACUUCACUGCUUUUACCUUACCUUCGAAAAUCAUAUCAUGAAACAUCUAUUUAUCCUCGUGUGAUUGUUGUAAGCUCCUCUUUAUCCAAAAAGGGAACGUUCUCGACAGAAAAUUUGUUUCAACCGUACAAUACUACAUCAGAUUUAAAUUCCAAUAAAGCUUAUUCUGAUUCUAAACUGGCUUGCAAUUUAUUUUCACGCGAACUUCAUCAGAGGUAUGGUUCAGGUGAUAAUAAAAUACUUGAUGUUUAUUGUUUAUUUACCGGAGGGAUGGUAAAUACUAAUUUAUUUCGAAAUACUUUGAUAAAAUACUCACCACUCACUCAGCGUUUCAUCCGUGGUUUAAUGCAACUACUCUUGAAAUCUCCUUCAGAGGGUUGCCAAACGAUUGUUCAUUGUGCAGUUAGUGAUCAACUUCUUAUACAUCAUAAUAAUUAUGCUCAAUCUAUUUUAACUGAGACAUCUGGUAGCGGUAUGCUGUAUAACAAUUGUACACCUAUUGAUUGGCCUGCUAAUUCACUCGAUCUUCAUCUAGCUAGUCAACUUUGGGAUUAUACAACAGAUUUCUUAAAACUAUCAGUCAAUAAUAAUGCAUAAAUCAUUCACUUUUAUGUACAAUUACGUAUUUAUUUGUAUUAUAUACAAUGAACUCAGUGUAUUUUCAUAAAAUUCCAUUUAGCUAAUUAUCACUUAGCAUUUACGAUGAACAGAAGCAAACUACAAAAUGACAGCCGAACAAUUAUUAUUAUAAAUGUAACAAGUUUUUAGAAUUUUUUUCAAAAAUAUAGUACAACUUUUCCUAACAGACAUUAAGUUCCUUUGCAUUUGUUCAUCGGUUUGUAGUGAUUCGUUUUAAUGGUGUGUGGUAAAAUAUAUCUUAUUGAUAAAUUUUCUUUACUUCAGGAAUAGAAGGUACUACAAACUCAAGAAAACUGUUUCAAAAAACGAACCUUGAAAACUUCAAGUUACAUACUCGUAUCCAUUAGGCUGUGAUAAUACGUGUCAUGUCCUUAAUGUCUUUAUACAUGUGAGAUGCCUGCCAGUACAAAAUCGAUUAGUAAUGCUCUAAUUCAAGUAUACUUUUCACUUAUAUGCUAACAAACUUAUCCUUGACUAUCGACAUCCUGACUGACAACAAUUUACCUUGAUCAACGAUUGAGACAGUUCCGAAUAGCAGUUAGUCCGGGAAGCAUGUAACCUUAUGAUCUAGUAUCCAGUCAUAAGUAUUUGUGCAUUUUAUUCGGUAGCUCGUCCACUCUUCUGUUUUUGCUCAAGGAGUCAAUUGGGUAGUUGGGGCGUAGUACGUCAUGCAUUAGUAUCCGAUUUCAGACACCGUCCGUCAUAACAAUUUCAGUUUACAAAUUUUGGUAUUAUAGUUACCAAUAUUAUCUCAGAUUGUUUUUUUCGGCCUUCAGAAAUACCUCUAAGAAUAUUUAGGCGUUGGAUCAUAGAAGGAACUUGUUAAAAAUGUAUUAUGUUUAUUAACAAAAAGUGAUACAGUUUAUAAUUGAAAUAUGUAUCGUGUGAUAUAUCUAACUAUCUAAUAAUUUUUUAUUGUCACAUAUCUGAGCUAGAAGUAAACAAAAGUUGGUAAUCAAGAAAUUACUUCAUAUAUCAAUCAUAUAAACAACACAUAAGCAAACAUGUUGGUGUGUUUCGAAGGAUCAUGAAUCUGUAUACAUAAGUUAUCAGACUGCAAAUAAAAAUAGUAUUUAAUGCACACAAUCAAGUCGAAAGCGAUAGGGAACGGAGCAAGCGAAUAAUAAUUUAUCAAUCAUAAUAUAGGGUUGGUGAAACAUGUAUCGAUAGUUUGUACACUAGACCAAAAGCUUAUAAAUGGAAGUACCGUAAACCCAUUACCUAAUAAAUACAUUGCAAAUAGGGGAUAAAAGUUUCAGCUUUUACAAUUUCCACUCCACUUCAUCAAUAUAUAAUUCUAACCUGUACAGAAUUACCUGGUAAAAUCUUUUUUCACCUCACAUUGAUUUUAACUUCAUAGCGAGUAACUUCUUAGUUUACUAAAUAUUCGUAGGUAAUUCGGAAAUAGUUUUCAUCUCAUCUCAAUACUAGUGAAAUAUUCAUUUAAAGUUAGCGACCACUAAACGUUCAUUUGUUGUAGUUUUAUGACUAUCCGUUAGUGGACAUUCAUGAAUCCUGUUAGGAUACUCUACGGUCUACAAGGUAAAAAUGUAUAAAAG